UUCUUUUUCUCAACCCUUUUCAGCUUGUAGCUCAGACUCAGAGGAAAGCACCUUCUCAUCUGAAUCAAUUAAAGGAACCUGACACAUCAUGUCAUUUAUGCAAGAAUUUCUCUCCCAGGCUGCAUUUUUAGAUGCUGGAGGGCACCCCCCAUGCACUGCUGAGGAGUCUGGAGCAACACUUAAAGCAAACGCUGGCUUCAGUGCAUCAACAGAUGCCGCAAACCUAGAUAAAGCCAUCAAAGCAAAAGGUGUUGAUGAAGGCACUAUCAUUGACAUUUUAACUAAAAGAACUAAUUCAGAACGUCAGCAGAUCAGAGCUGCCUACCAGCAGGCAACCGGGAAGUCCCUUGAUGAUGCCUUGAAGAAAGCUCUCUCAAGCCACCUGGAAGAAGUGGUUCUAGGUUUGCUGAAAACCCCAGCUCAGUAUGAUGCUCAUGAACUGAAGCGUGCCACUAAGGGGCUUGGAACCGAUGAAGAGACUUUAAUUGAAAUCCUGGUAUCAAGAACUAACAAAGAGAUUAAGGAAAUCAAUAAGGUUUAUAAAGAGGAAUUCAAAAAGGAACUUGCUAAAGAUGUUGCGUCUGACACUUCAGGAGAUUUUCAAAAAGUACUCCUUGCACUUAUUAAGGGUGAACGCUCUGAGGACCCUUCUGUGAGUGAGGAUCAAGCAGACAAUGAUGCCAGGGCCUUGUAUGAAGCUGGGGAAAAGAGGAAGGGGACUGAUGUAUCUGUAUUCAUUAGUAUUCUAACCUCAAGAAGCUUCCCACAUCUUCAGAGAGUUUUUCAGAGAUAUGCUAAAUACAGCAAAAAUGAUGUGAACAAGGCUAUAGAUCUGGAACUUAAAGGAGACAUUGAAAAUUGUUUGAUGUCCAUUGUAAAAUGUGCUGGAAGUCGACCUGCGUACUUUGCUGAAAAAUUCUUCUUGGCAAUGAAGGGGUCUGGAACACGACACAAAGAUUUAAUCAGACUCCUUGUUUCUCGUUCUGAAACUGACCUGAAUGAAAUAAAAACUCAUUACAGACGUGCUUAUGGAAAAACUCUUCGUCAGGCAGUUAAGGAAGAAAAACUUAAAGGCGACUAUGAAACUAUUGUUCUGGCUUUGGUAGGAUUAGACAACUAGAUAUCCUUUGUCGGCACAAAUCUACGUGGUUUAUGAUUUAUACAUCAUCGUUAGAGCUUAGUGAAUCCGUGCAUGAGUAUUAAAGAAAACAUAACCUGUUACAUGUUGCAAUAUGUUUAAAAUACAGUUGCUAGUCAAAUUAACCCCUUUUAUCUGUUUCAGUUAGAUAUUUUCCAUGAAAACAUUAACAUUACAGUAUAAAUGUUUGUUUUGUUUCUUAAAUAAAAAUAAAUUAAAAAUG